UAUUCGUGAUAGCGUCAAUUUUAAUUAUAUUUAUCGAAGUCACCCGUCACCAGCUAACUAAAUAGCAAAACCACACAUAGAAUCAACUUUCAGGAUGCGCUAUUUCAUGAUUUAUGUGGGUGUCCUGUGCCUGACCGGAAGCUAUGUUGCAUCGAAGGAGUGCUUCAAAAUGGCGCAGCUAAGCCUACCAGGAGCUGAAAACGAAAAUAAAGACUUGAAUGGUUGGAAGAAUAGUGGACGCUGCUCCUGCCAGGAAGCAAAAAAAGAAGCCCAGAGGCGCAAUGCACCCGGCACGUAUAUGCCGCAAUGCGAUUCCAAAGGGAAAUUCAACAAACUGCAGUCCUGGGGUAGCACCGGUCAGUCAUGGUGCGCCAAUCCUGAAACCGGACAGCAGAUCACGGCGUUCGCUAGCCCUGGAAAACCUCGCCCCAACUGCGCUCAGACAGUGAAUCUGACCGUCAGAUGCAAAAGCAUGGACUGCUGAAUUCACUACGUAAACACUAUCUUCCGACUGUGGUAUCCUGAUCAGUGAUUUAUAUGACGCUCUUGGGCUACCCAAUAAUGUUGUUAUAAUAUUAUGUACCACCGUACUCGUACCUACAUAAAUCUGCUUACAAAUUCCUGGUAUGUUAUUUUCGGACAUAGUAUCAUACUACAGUAUGCAUGUACAAGUACAAUACUUGGGCGGGACUUUGCACGGACACAAAGGACUUUCCUUUGUUUAACGUAACGCAAAAUUCACCAGCUUGUAAGAAUAAGAAAUGUGUUUGCAUUUACAACGCGAUAUCAUGAGGUAACAAAUCGCCUUUUUUCCCCGUGUACUGUGUAAAUACAUGGGCGAAGGUCUAAAAGCUGAAUAAGAUAUCCUUAAAAACUG